GCAGGGGGCGCUCUUCGCCCUUUAAACCGACUCCCGCUACCUGGUCUCUAAGGAAACAAGAUGGCGUCCGGCAGCGGGUCCAACAAGAACGACUUCCGUAGGAAGUGGGACAAAGAUGAGUACGAAAACCUUGCUCAGAAACGGCUGACGGAGGAGCGAGACAAGGAGAAGAGAGAUGGGAAAGUUGCUCCUCCGGUCAAGCGGGAGCUCCUGCGUCACCGGGACUACAAGGUGGAUCUGGAGUCCAAACUGGGAAAGACCAUCGUCAUCACCAAGACGACGCCUCAGGCGGAGAUGGGCGGUUAUUACUGCAACGUCUGCGACUGCGUCGUGAAAGACUCCAUCAACUUCCUGGAUCACAUCAACGGGAAAAAACACCAGAGGAACCUGGGCAUGUCGAUGCGUGUGGAGCGUUCGUCUCUGGAUCAGGUGAAGAAGCGUUUUGAGGUGAACAAGAAGAAGAUGGAGGAGAAGCAGAAGGAGUACGACUUUGAGGAGCGAAUGAAGGAGCUGAGGGAGGAGGAGGAGAAGGCGAAGGCCUACAAGAAAGAAAAGCUGAAGGAGAGGAAGCGACGGGCUGAGGACGACGUUGACUUCGAGGAGGAUGACGAGAUGGCGGCAGUGAUGGGAUUCUCUGGCUUCGGCUCGUCCAAGAAAGGUCACUGACUACGCCCCCCCCCUCCUCUCAGUGCCUCGCCCCCCCUCACAUCCGGACCAGGCAGGUGUCAGAGACCAGAACCAGACUGUAAACUCAGGAUGGACGAGUCUGUGCUCGUUACUCCUCAGUCCUUUUUAAAUUUUCUGCCAGGAUCUUAUUUUGGUAGUUUUUAUUAUCCACCCCUCUGUUGUGAUGAAGUUUCCUCCCGCAGCUUCCUGUCGGAAACACGACGACCACAGUGAAGUUACCGAGUGAAACGAUGGACAGAAAAUGAGACCCCCCCCCCCCCCCCCCCCCCAAAAAAAAAUAAUGUGGAAGUUUCCUUUAAGAUGAAGCGUGACACGUUUUAGUUCCAGUGAAUAAAACGUCAUCAGAAACAUUUGAGCUGUUUGAGCUUUUCUUCAUUUCUGGGUCACAAAAAUAAAGUUGGACACAGAAACGAGAAGAAAAUCUCAAACAGCUUCACACCUUCACAUUUUUUUCUUCUGUUUUCUUGUGGAAAUUAUUUUAAUAAACUCAGUUUUUUUUGUUUACA